CCUCUUCGGCAAAAUGGCGGAUCUGAACCGGCAACUACAGGAAUACUUGGCGCAAUCCAAAGGCGGUGGGAGCGGAGGUUCGGCAGUCCCGUCGGCACCUCAGAACUCCCUACGGGAAGAGGCGGAGAAGCCUCGUCCUGGCUGGGGGUCCUGGCUGGGUCGAAUAAACCCUUUCCCGGCGGCGGAAUCAUGGCCGUGGGCCGCCGAACCGGAGCCAGACCCGUGGCUGCCGAGCGGCCUUUCCCGGUGGCAGCGGCUGACGGGGAGCGCGCUGUGCUUGGUGCUUGCCGCUCUCUGCUUCGGGCUCGCCACGCUCUACGGGUCGCUCCUGCUGCUUCGGAAGUUUGCGCUCCUUUGGUCCCUGGGUUCGGCCUUUGCCUUGGGCGCCGCCGGCUUCCUGCGAGGCCCCAGUCGCCUCUUAGGCGAGCCCGGCCGCCGCGGACUAGCCAUCCUCUACUUAGGCUCGGUCGGCGGCACGCUGUACGCUGCACUUGGGCUCCGGAGCACCCUACUCACCACCCUGGGGGCGGCGGUCCAGUUGGCAGCCGGUGCCGCCUAUUUGCUAUCCUCGGUGCCCGGCGGGACUACCGGACUGCGAUACGUCGGCGGGCUUUUGGGAGGUUUGGUACGGCGUCAGGUGUCCAAAACUCUCCCGGUGUGAGGGCGGCUGUGGAGGCGAAUCUGUUCUUGCAGUUGCGCCCGGAUGGAUCUCUGUGAGAAAGAGACCCGGGCCCUUCUUGAUCAACGCUAGAUCCGACUGCCCGGUUACGUUAUUCCUGUGGGGAACUAUGGCGUGGAGCGCUUCCAUAUUGGGACCUUUGAAGUUCCAGGAGACGAAACCCAAGGGAGCAGCUGAAAAGCUUUAGGAUGAUUGCCUGUUGCUAUUGAGGAGGGCUACUUGAAUUCAGCUAUGUGGAAGCAAAAGGACGUUAAGACUUGCAAAUCGAAGAAUAUGCAAAUAGUUGGGGAGAGAGACAAUUCCUUCCAUGGUUGGACUCAAGAUUUUUUUAGGAGGGGGGGUGAGGUGUGUGGCCUUUGAUGCUGUCCCUCAACAGCAGGAAGUCGUAGCAAGAAAGAAUGUUGUUUCUUUCUAGCGUUUUUGAUCUGCUUUCCCAGGGAUCUGCAGGAGCCUGGGUGGGCUCUUAAUUUUUCCCCCUAUUCCUGCAUUUGAAGGGCUAUCCUCCUGAGGCUGCCUGGCAGUUUUCCCAAUCUCACGAAAGAAUCCACCUGGUCCGGUGCCCACUGCCUUACACGUGUCAAAGGAUGCUGAGUGCUGAUGCCAGGCCCAUUCUUACUCUAUAUUUUAAACUUCUUCAAAAUGGAAAUGGACAAAUCAUCAUUCAUUGAGAUUUCUUUAGCAUUUUCAGGAGCAAAAACUAAUCUGGUUUCUAACAUUCUAAGCAAUUGUGACUUCUAUUCAGCAAAAGCGUUGUUACUUUAUCAACUGAUGUGUGGCCCACUUUCUGAAAACAGGCAUUAUAAUAAUAUUUGUUUAUCCGGAACAGACUUCUCAAGUUGUUUAAACUAACCUUUAUCUAACACUUUCUAUUCAAGCUUAUGUUUUCUAUCCCUGAAACUAUUCAAAACUAUAUGGCUACUAAAUAUCACCUCUGCCUGAAUUCAAUGACAUGGACCAUUGAUACAGAUCCUAAUGCUGCCAAAAUGAUUUAUGCUUUCGUUGUAAUUUAGAGAAAUCACAAUAUAUGGAAAGAUGUGCCUGAAUAGAUUAUUGUUAUAAUUAAACUCCAGUGGUUCCUGGAAUUGUUUCUCA